GCGGAGUUCCAAGGGUCAUUUAACGACGGUUCCACAUCUUUACACACCAGAGACUUAAAAUGCGGGAAGUUACGCAACGGAUCACUUAUAGUUGUUCCACCUGCAUUAGUUCAAAGAUGUAAAACACAUUUCCAUACAUUAUCGUGUGGGGUCGAUGUGACCUUAGGUCUUAAUGGAUACAUUUGGGUUAGUAAACAUUCGUCAAAGAAAUUAGAUGAAUUAGAUCCUGAAGCUAUUUAUUCGAAUGAUAAUGAGCCAGUUGAUCGACCUAUUAGAGAAACUAUCGCACGU